GAUCAAGAAGAAUAUGCGCAAGGUAUUCUUUCCGCCGACACCUAGAGUUACUCCGUAUUCCAGUUCCUAGCUCACAGCCAUACCAAUAUCAAGCGAGAUGGAAUCUGCUCGUACGAUCUCCGAAUUAAAGUCGGCUUUCAUUAGACGUCAAUUGCGCAUAUUGUCUGUGAAUCUCGAGCCCAAUGAGAAUUGGAGAGAGUACGCUUUGGGAGCGGAGGCGGAGGACCUUAGCGAGAAGGUUGUCGAAGAUGUUUUACGGAAAUUAAAUGCUGCUUUGAAACAACAUAAUCGUGUCGUCUACUCUACCCAGGCAGUACAUCAUGUCGCUCAACAAAUAUCGAGUCUGUAUUGGUCUACAGUGGUUCGAGAAAACCAAAGCUUGGAGUCCUAUGCCAGCGGAGUUGAAAAAACAGCGGACUUGUCAAGACACGGAAACAUCAGCAGACUUCCCAUAGACAUAGAGGACCAAAAUGAAACAGGAGAAGAAAUAUCGAGGUAUCGACACCUCCGCCAACGUCUCAUCGAUUUGGACAACCGGCGCCAGCAACGAAGACAGCGUCUUUGCCAAUUUCAGGAACUGCAGCGUUUACUUGAGCCUUUCAAGAAUCCACGGGAAAAUAUCCAGCCAAACCUUGUUACCAGAGACGGGGAGCUCUUUCGGGAGCUGGACAAGAUGAGGAUGUUAGCUGCUAGAGUUGGAGGACGGAUUAAUCAGAGAAAGAGAAAAAGUAACGGACACGAGAUUAAACCUUUGCAGGGAUUUGACCAGAGACUCGAAGCACUGUUAGAAAUGACUUGACGAGGAAUGAGGUUGAAGUUGUCCAUUGAAUUGAUGGCCGGUCUUUUUGACUUUAUAUGUAUGACACUGUAUGAUACCAUGAUUCAAAUACCCAUCAUUCUGAGAGUAAUCCCUUUUGCAUAAAUU